AUUUUAAUUAUCUAAAUUUAUACGUACAAUAUAUUCUCUGUUGAGUGUCCAGACACUGCAAACAGCAAACCUCUACACAUGUCGACUCUAUGCGUUCCAUCCCAAGUUCCCCCUGUCGCCGAAGACUGUGAGCAGCUGCACAAGGCAUUCUCAGGAUGGGGAACCAACGAGGCCUUGAUCAUAUCAAUUUUGGGCCGUAGAAAUGCCAGCCAGCGGAAGCUUAUCCGACAUUGUUAUGCAGAGACUUAUGGUGAAGAUCUGCUCAAAGCCUUGGACAAGGAACUUUCGAGUGACUUUGAGAGAGUUGUGUUGGUGUCGGUACUGGAUCCUCCAGAGCGUGAUGCCUACCUAGCUAACGAAGCCACAAAGAAGUGGACAGCGAGCAAUCAAGUCCUCGUGGAGAUUGCUUGCACGAGGUCGCCCAAGCAGUUGAAUCUUGCAAAGGAAGCCUACCAUGCUCGUUUCAAGAAAUCUCUUGAGGAGGAUGUUGCUUAUCACACGACUGGAGACUUCCGCAAGCUCUUGGUGCCCUUAGUGAGUACAUACCGUUACUGUGGAGACGAGGUGGACCUCCGUCUUGCUAAAUCGGAAGCCAAGAUCCUGCACCAGAAGAUCGCUGCAAAGGAGUACAGCUGUGACGACAUCAUCAGAAUCCUGACCACGAGGAGCAAGGCACAGAUCAACGCAACGCUCAACCAAUACAAGAACGACUUUGGCAACGACGUGAACAAUGAUCUGAAAGCUGACCCCAAAGACGAGUUCCUCGCACUCUUGAGGGCCACUGUGAAGUGUUUAGUCUUUCCCGAGAAGUACUUUGAGAAGGUGCUCCGCCUUGCAAUCAACAAGCUAGGGACGGACGAGUGGGCCCUGACCAGGGUCGUCGUGACAAGGGCCGAGGUGGACAUGAAGACCAUCAAGGAACUGUACGAGAAACGGAGCAGCGUGCCCCUCGACAAAGCCAUCGCCAAGGACACCCAUGGUGACUAUGAGAAGAUGUUGCUGACCCUCAUCGGAGUUGUCCAAGAAUGAGAAAUUGGGAGAUUGAUGAGGUUUGGUUGAUACCUGCGGCUAUCUAUGCUAAUAAGAAGCUUCUUUGAACUUGUGCAUCUUGUUUUAGUUAUCCAUGUUUCUGCACUGCUGUUUUUGUUAUGAGCUGAUGAAUAAUGUCGUGAUUAAUAACUUUUAUUCUGUGGGUGUU